AUGCUGCUUCUCUUCCUCCUGUGCUGCUGUGUUCAGCAUGCAGUAGCUCUUCCCUUUCAUUUUCUACCACCACCACUGCUGGUCACCUGCUCAAACCCACAACACCAUGUCUAUCAGAGGCAUGACAAUGAACUUCAUGUUUCAUGCUUCUGGGAUGAGAAUAUUGACUUGAAGUAUUCAAGAGCCCAACAACUGACUACAGAGAUCAAGCAGGAAGAGCCAGGCAUGGCACCCCCUCCUCACUGUGAGUGGUACCAAGACUCCAACUUGAUAAAAAAUACAAAUAGCUGGUCAGGCCAUGUGGUGUUGGUCACAGCUCUGACUCAAGGAGGCUUCCAUCCACCUUGGGCUUUUAUUCGUAUCACAGUGCAGUGUGUAUCAGUUUCAUGCCAUGCAGCUAUAUGUGCUCACAACAACCUGAGUGUUGAAAUUUCUAGGCAGGAUGUCCGUCUCUUCCUCCUCUCACCACAUACUCUUCCUAUUCAUGAAUGGCAACCAGUGCAGCUAGGUUGGUGUGCACGCCUUAAGAGUUCCAUCUGGAGCUACCGCUUCAAGAGUCAAGGGGGUAGUCCUGAAGAUCUCCUCAUUCCCAGCAACCAUCAUAGUGAGCCACCUGCAUCCACUCUUUAUCCCCGUGCAGAAUUGCACCAAGUGUGUGCGUCAUAUUAUAGCUACCACAUAACUGUGCACUAUCGUCACCGUGGAUUUUACACCGCUUCACUCCACAUUGAGAAUGGGCCUCAACUUGCACGUAGCUUGAGCUUGUAUGUGCAGCCUGCUCUGCUCCAUGUAUUCAGUGUCUCUUCCACACAGCGCAGCCUGCCUCAUAGGACUGUCAAUCUUUCAUGGACUCUCCAACCUCUCGGCUCCAAAACAAUGGCUUACACCCUGGUGGAUAUGCAGGGUCUGGAGGAAUGGUCUCACUCCUACAAUUAUAAUCCUUUUGCUCUGCAAAGUGAUUUCUGUGCUGCACCCAAAUCACAAAAUUCCAGAGAGAAGGUGGUGGCCAAUAUCUACUUUCAUACAAUUGAGAGGAUGUCUAGAGGGUUGGCAGGAAAACUAGAUUUCUCGAAUGAAACUUUGAUUUUCAGAACAAGCGGUGUAGCCCCGAUUUAUCUCACCCUCAAUCCACAGAAAACCAAAACGGGCAUCUACAUUUUUAGCCAUACACUAGGACUGUACUAUUCUACUCAGGAAGGCACUGCUACCACUGCCACUAGGGAGGGCUUCAGUUCCCACUAUAUCUUUUACCAGCAGCAGAGCCUCUGUUACUUGAUCAUUGUUGAAUUCAUGCAGCUACAAUUGCUCAAGUUCAGCAUGCAUGUAUAUCUGAACCGGAAAGAGACUCUGUUCAAGGCUCUAGGAGAAAAAGAUAUAGAAGUCCACGUUUUCAAUGGGCAUUCUCCUGAUAAAAGUUUGGUCUAUAUUGUGUGGUUUAUUCCUGUGCAACAUCCUCUGCUGCAGUGCGAGUGGACCUUCAACCUGCUGCUUUUUGAUUCCAGGAAACAAUAUAUCCUUUGGAACAACACAUAUUCUUAUGGGAAUAGUCUCAAAAAUGCUGUCCAUUUUCUCCCUCGCUCUGUUUUAUAUUUUGAACCUGCACAAUAUAUGGGCUUUGUAGCAGAAGUGAAUUGCCGAAAAAGUGGACUUGCACAUGCUGUUUUAAAAGCCACCAUAAAUACUUAUGCUUCAAAGGUCAUACAGCCAACAGUAGUCUGUCAACAAAGUUACUGUCAUGAACUGACAGCUAUAAUCCAUAAACCUGAUCUUCCUGAUCCAAUCAUACAUUGUAAGAGAGAGUCAGCAAUUACCGUGCAAGCAACUGCAAAGGCACAGUGCAGGACAAGUGCUGAUGUAGAUAUACGGUGGAAAAUAUAUAGUCUUGACACUGCAUAUUCAACUCCAGACUGGCCAAAUCCUCUUAAACUACCUGAUGAUAUAAAUACAGGUGGAGUCAUAUUUCAUAUACCCAGAAAUGUCUUACCUUAUGGCUUUUAUCAUGUAAAUAUGACCGUGACAGUGCACCUACCUGCAUAUAAUAUAAAAAUCAUAGAGUCUGAUUCAGUAUUUCUCCAAAUUCUGGAAAGUGACUUGGUAGCAAUCAUAGCUGGAGGUUUGUUCCGGACAGUUGGUGUUUCUGAUCAUUGGGCUUUGGAUGCAUCUUCUUCUUCUGAUCCUGAUGCAGCCAACCCCCUUGAAGGAAUCACAUUUAAUUGGUUCUGCACCAAACGAGAAUUAGACUUUUCAACAAUGAGGCUGAGUACAGAAGGAAAAUGCCAUCCAAGGCAAGUAGAUAUACGCUGGACACAUUCCGUUGGUGCAGUUCAAAUAAUGGAGCCCAAUACAUUUCAGGAAAAUACAAACUAUUAUUUUAUGCUUGUAAUUCUGAAGCAGCACAAAUCAGCAUAUGCAUUCCAAACAGUUUGUGUGCUGCCUGGUUCUGUACCAAUGCUGAAUGUCACCUGUUUUGAAAAUUGUGGGAAAGCCAUCAAAGUAACAGAGCGAUUCAUUCUGUCCGCAAGAUGUCUAAAUUGUGAAAAAACUCAUCGUACAGUCUACUUCUGGACACUUCUUUCAGCAAAUUCCAAGGAAAUACAUUUUGAUUGGGCUUCCAAAACUACAACUGGGAGAUCAAAUCCAUACAUACAUAUAAAUUCUUUGGCAUUCAGAUACAUGCCAGACAAAUUCUAUACUCUUAACCUGAAAGUAAGCACACAAGGAAGACAACCCGCUGUUUAUAGGUAUUCAUUUUAUGUUAGCUCUCCACCUAAGACUGGAAAAUGUAUCAUUUAUCCAAAGGAAGGUACAGCAUUGCGUACAAAAUUUGUUGUCCAGUGUACUGGAUUUGAAGACAAAAAUGGACCUCUUACAUACAAAGUGAUAGCACAUUCAGAUCUAACAAAAAUGACUAAAAUAUCUUCUGUACAAAAUAAUACAUUUGGAACAAUAGUGUAUAUUGGUCAUCAGCAGAAAACUCCUCCAUCAUUUCUCCCCACUGGUAUGCCAUCUAAAAAGUAUGCCUUGGUAAUAUAUGUUCAAGUGUAUGAUGCUUAUGGAGUAUUUUCUGAAGUAACUUUGGAGGCAACUGUGUAUGAUCCAAGAAGUAAGCCAGCUGAUGUUCUUAGUGAACUACAUGAUUUAAUCAGUGGGCCAAGUGGGCCUAUGUCCAUUUUCCUUGAAACUAAAGAUUACUUUAAUAUAGGUUUUCUCACCUAUAUGGUGGCCUCUGUAUUGAAUAAUAUUGAGACUUCACCAACCAUUCAUCGCUCAAAAAUUGAUUUGAGGGAAAUCCUCCUAAAUCUUUCUGCAGGGAUUCCUGCUACUGAGGUACAGAUGAUAAACCAAAUGGUCUCUAGUAUUUGUCAGGUGACGCAGGACAUUAAUGAAGUUAAUAGGGAAGCACAACUGCUUGUGGUCAGAAUACUAAAAGAGGCCAGUGAAGCUCUAACAAGGCUCAGGGACAAGGAUCUGGGGUCUAAGGAAGCAGAGCUCCUUGGCAAUGGUAUAUUUACUGGUUUAUCUAACGUGUUGAGAGCUUCUCUCUUGAACCAUAGGGAUAUCAGUGUAAAUGCAAUUAAAGAAAUCCUUUUUGUGACAGGAAUAUUAGCAGACCUAGUCUUACAAGGUAAAGUCCCUGGGGAACAUGAAACGAACAUGGAAGCUAAAAACUGGGCCAUUCGCUUAAGGAAAGCUGAAAAGUGGAACGUUUCUAGGACUUUCUUUAAAAGAAGAUGCUCCAAGAACUGUUUUUAUUUUCAGCUGAAGCUGGAGAACCACACUGAGUUACCAGCAGAUGCUGUGGUUUCCACAAUUCAUUAUGUGUUUGAAGAGAAUCCCUUUCCUUGGGUGACAGAUAUGGCAGAUAUUCACACAGCAGUGACUGGAUUCAAAGUGGUAGGAGCUAAAGCUAAAGGUGAUCUCACAAGGAUUAUCCCUCAGGUAGCAGAAGUGAUCAUGGCUAGAAAAGAUGAGGGCACCGCCACAUUUAAUCUGACAAUAGGGCCAGAUAAAAAACUCUCUAGAACAACUGGUGGCUUUAGUAUUGAAGUAAAAAGAAACUUCAAAGAUAUAUUUAUACAGAUUCUGUGUAAUAUGAAAGUUACUUUCAAUGUAUCUGUCUACCUAGGACUCAAUAUCAGCCAUUCUCCAGUAGCUUCUUAUAUUGUUUUCUAUGAUAAACCUCCAAUACCACGUGAAAGGAAUACUAGUAUUGUCAAUUGUGCAGUUAAGGCUCCACAUAUCCUUUGUCUUCCUCAGUCAUUGCUUUGGUCUCCACUCCAAGGCUAUAGAGCAAAGAAGUGGAAUAUUUCAGUUGUCCUACAAUCACACCCAAUUGUGAGAAGACAAACCAAAAAGAUUGUUCGCAUUGCUGUUUUCACAGCUGAUUGUUUAGAUCUAGAUGACAUUCAGAACCAGUGGAAAGAAGGCACGUGCCGUCUCGGCCCUCAGACCAGCUGGUCCAAGAUACACUGCAUCUGCGAAGCAAAAGCCCAUCCUAUAACAAGCAGUCGCCAAUCACCAGAGGCUUCUAAUCCUGAUGUCAGAUUUUUGGCUGGCAAAUUCAUUUUAUACCCUAAUCCUUUGGAUAUAAACAAGGUCCUCUUAGCAGACUUUGACACAAAUCCAGUGACACUAUUGACUGUGUUUUUCAUUUUUGCAGGCUACAUUUUCUGUACCACUUGGGCCAUGAUCAAAGAUAAAGAUGAUUUGAAAAGAAAAAACAAAAUACUAGUCUUACCCGACAAUGACCCCUACCACAAAGUACGUUAUCUGGUCACUAUAUACACAGGAAGUCGGUUGGGAUCAGGGACCACAGCAGAUGUUUUUAUUGAAUUGAUAGGUCAGAAUGGUGUCAGUGAUGUACAUCACUUAAAGCACCCACAGUUCCCAACUCUUUUUCGUGCAGCCAUUGACACCUUUCUCCUAACUACUAAAUAUGAUUUAGGGGAAAUUCUUUCCCUUCAUGUCUGGCACAAUAAUGGUGGUUCUUCCCCUAACUGGUACUUAAGCAGAGUACAAGUACAAAAUGUGUACACUAAGAAAUUUUGGCUGUUUAUAUGUAGAAACUGGCUAGGUCUUGGCAAGGCUGAUGGCAAAAUAGAACGGUCAUUUGUUGCUAAAAAACUAAAAUCAAACUUAAAUAAAAUGGAUUACUUCUUGAUAAACCUUGCCAAAGACUUGGAAGACAGUCAUAUAUGGCUCUCGAUAUUUGCUCAGGUUGUCACUGGUUCUUUCACCAGGGUACAGAGAGUGUCUUGUUGCUUAGCCAUAAUGCUCUCUACUCUGCUAUUUAACAUCAUGUUCUUCAGUGGUGAAGAAGAUCAGGAGAUUCUUUCAGUACAAUUACGGUAUCUGAAAUCUAUCUACAUUGGAUUUGUGAGUGUCUUGUUUUCCAUUCCUUUACAAUUGACUAUAACAAUGUUAUUUACAUAUUCCCAGGAGAAGCCUUUGCUGCAUAACACAGGUGAAAGUGUGCCAAAAAGAAUUCCCCCCUCUUUGCCUGAAGCCCUUGAGAAAAAGGGCAACUCAGUAGAUUCAGUUGAGAAAGCCCAGCAUCUGCCAUUACCAGAAAACAAUGCUAGCAACAAUACUGCAGCAGACAAGGACACAAGUACUACUUACAUAAAAGAGAAGCCACUGUACCCAGAGUUGAUGUUCUUUUCUAAAGUGCCAAAAUUUUCAUGGUGGUGCAGAUAUGUCUCUUGGACACUGGUCUUUUUCAUAUCUGGGAUUUCUUCAUCUUUCAUUAUAUUAUAUGGUUUGACCUAUGGCUAUACAACAUCAAUAGAGUGGUUUAUAGCAUCCAUGACAUCAUUUUUUGAGAGUGUGUUUUUGUUGCAAACCCUAAAGAUGGUUCUCAUGUCAGCUAUUACUACUAUUAAUCUCAAAUAUUGUGAAAACAUCCCCUGGAUAAGCACAGAACAGUACCAGGAAAUGAAGCUGAUCAAAGUAAGUAUGGAUGCUAACGAGAUGAAAAAGAUUCACUAUGAACUUGCCAGAGUUAAACACACCAAGGAAUAUGAGCCAUUAAAAGAGGAUCAAGUCAUAGUCUUGAGGAAAAGAUAUGAAAGCAACUCUCUGACGGUUGUGUAUGGAAUUAUAGUGUAUAUUCUUGUCUUUUACCUUGCUGAUGAAUUUAACAUGUUACGUCAAGAAAGGAUAGGUUAUCUCAAAACAGCUACUAAUUUAAAUAACUUUGCGAUAAAGACAACCUCAGAAGCAAUAAACUUCGUGGUUCUGAAGAUCCGAAGUAUAUGGUUUUCCAUCACCCAUCAGACACCAUCCAUAAGUGACAGUGACCUUGUCAACACUAUAAUAUUUGGAAAACCUGUGACCAAGGAAGAUCAUCCACGAGGGUUGAAAAGCAGAGAAGUAAAUGGCAAGAAAAUUGUUUAUCUUUCUGUUUGA